AUGAGCACUACGUUACAGCUCCUGGCAAACUACUAUGAAGCGGUCUUAGAAAGCGAAAGAAUCUACUAUGAACACACCAGCAGUAGUCACUCGCCCAGCGAGAAAUACGGGAACCACAAAGUUGAAACUGAAAAUAGAGAUUCGAUGCUGGUCAAAGAAACGAUCAGUUUACAACGUCAAAUCGCACAAUCAAUCCAUGAAUGCAACAUACUUAAGCAGGAGAACGAGCGUCAAAAGCAGAUACACAAGACUCAAAUAGCUCUUUUGGAAUCCAAGCUAGAAAAUGCUCGAAAAAACUCCGCCAAAUCGAAAGAAGCGGCUCCAACAGAGACAACAAGCGAGAACGCCAAUAAAGUGCAUCUUUUGAGUCCACUGGGUAAAGAAAAACAACAAUCCCGAACUGCACCUGAACCGCACAACGUAGGUAAGGCCUUGACGCGGGCUGUCAAAAACAUACCCGCGGAUGCAAAUGGUGGACUUCGACAAGCCAUAAGCAAAAAUAAAGGAUCCCUCUUUGAUGACGAUACCAACGACAUUGCGGAAAACUCACACGAAGCAUCUUUUCUAACUUCCGUCAAAGACAAGUUCAAGCUAGCAGAUAUCGUACUCCCGAAGGAAAAUCAUCUUCCGGCGUCCUCAAGUGACUCGGAAGACAAAAGCAGCGCUAAAAAUGUUCCUCAAGAUGCUCUUCCAAGCCCCAAAAGAAAACGCCGGCUAAUCAAGAAAAGAAUUCAAAGUGUUGACACCGAUAGCGAAAACCUCUAG